CAUCUCUCUCCUUCCCAUUCGAUUUCACAGUGUUUCAUCCACAAACAUAAUCUUACCUUCAAUUUAUUCUUUUGCCCACCUCCAUUAUUAGAAUCUCUUCCUCUUGACUAGUCGAUUUCACAGUCAGACAAAUUUUGUCUCACAUAUAUAAUAUGGAAAUCGAGCCUAGUACACCUCAAAUCGUUGCGAAAAAACUAUGUAACAUAGUGAGAAUUAUGCUCUACAUGUUGAGAAAAGGCAUGUUAAAGAGCAAAGUCAUUGUUGACAUACAAUUUGCCCUUCAAGACAUGUUAAAAAAAGGUAAAAUAGCUGGUAAGGCUAUAAGCAACCUCAUGUUACAUCCUCCACACUAUUCUUCAACUUCAUUCACUUGUAAAUCGAACAACAACGACGUUGCAAUGUCAUUCAUUACACGUCGUGAAUACGAAUUCAGCUGCAGUAAUAGCCCUGUAUUUCCCCUGUAUUUCGCUAACAAUAUACGUAGGCGAAAUCGUACGUAUAAAUCAGAGGAAAUUGCUGUUGUACAAAAAGUAUUUGAAAUUUUAAAUACUACAAGUACAACUUAUGAUGCUGCUGGUACUACUACUACUACUACUAUGGCUGCUUCACCUUUGGCAUUACUUGGAUUUGGAAAAAGUCCAAAUAAUGUGAGGAAAUUAAGAGUUACUGAUUCACCAUUUCCAUUAAAAGAUUCAGAGGAAAAUUAUAAUUCACAAGUUGAUAAAGAUGCAGAAGAGUUUAUUAACAAGUUUUAUAAAGAUUUAAAGCAACAAAAAAAGAUAGCAUCUCUUGAAUCUCCAUCUCCAUAUCAUGUUUAUGCUAGAUGAGGAGAAAAAAAAAAGAUGCAAUAAAUUAGUGAAUUUUUUUUUUCUAAGUUUUUUGUUAUUUUGGAACAAUUGACCAUUACCUUCAAUGACACACAAAGUCAAAGUUUCUUGGCGCUUUUGUAUGAAGCGCUUUAUCUGAUGCAAAAUUAUAUUAGUCGGAGGACUUAAAGAUGGAUAUCGAAUAGCAGAUGGAAAUUAAGAAAAAUCAAAAUUAUGUUACUCCUAUUGUUUUUUUUAAAAGUUUUUUUCUUUGAGUUAUGAAAUUGAAGGUGGGGCAUUAGUUUGCUUGAAGAGAUGUAUGUGCUUGAUCCUAAUCCAAAAAAGGCCAACUUUUUGUUUUUAUAUUA